AGAGAUUUCUUCUCUCUCCUUUUUCAUUUUUUAAUUUAUUAUUAUUUUGGGGUGAUUUGUUGAGUUUCGUAUUUUGGUUGGGGGAUUUUGAAGAAGUUAGGGUUUCGAGAUUGGGGUUCAGUGAGUACUCACUGAAACGAAGCGAGAAAGAUGUAUAUGAUGCGUCGUCUCAAGAGCAUUGCCUCCGGUCGGACCUCCAUUUCAUCGGACCCUGGUGUGGAUACUAGCACAAAGAGAGCAAAGGUUGAUCAAGAAACUGAGCAGGUAAAUCCCAAAUCAAAUGGAGCUGAGGCAAUUGCUGCCAAUAUAGAGCAGAAUGUUCCUUCUACAUCACUGGAAAAUGUUGCAUGCACGUCCAUUGCAUCUUCGAUGGUUAAACCAGAGGCUAAAGCAGACGAUGUAGCAGAGAGAUCUGGCUAUGAUCAGCUACCAAAAGAAAUGCAUGAAAUGAAGAUUAGAGAUGAGAGAUCCAAUAGUCAUGAUGAAAAGGAUGUGGAAGCCACUGUUAUAAAUGGUCAUGGGACAGAAGCAGGCCAGAUAAUAGCAACUACAGUUGGUGGUCGAAAUGGACAGCCUAAACAGACAAUCUCAUAUAUGGCAGAGCGUGUGGUUGGUACUGGUUCCUUUGGUGUUGUAUUUCAGGCAAAAUGCCUGGAAUCGGGUGAGGCAGUUGCAAUUAAAAAGGUGUUGCAGGAUAAGAGAUACAAGAAUAGGGAACUUCAGGUCAUGCGCUUACUUGACCAUCCUAAUGUCAUCCAACUGAAGCAUUGUUUCUUUUCCACAACUGACAAAGAUGAGCUUUACCUUAAUCUUGUCCUCGAGUAUGUAUCUGAAACUAUCUAUCGAGUUUCAAAGUACUAUAACAGGCUGAACCAACAUAUGCCCCUUGUAUAUGUACGACUUUAUACGUAUCAGAUUUGUCGCGCAUUAAACUACCUUCAUCACGUUGUUGGUGUGUGUCAUCGUGACAUUAAGCCCCAGAAUUUGCUGGUUAAUCCUCAUACUCAUCAGCUGAAAAUAUGUGAUUUUGGGAGUGCAAAAAUGUUGGUGCCAGGGGAACCAAAUAUAUCAUAUAUUUGCUCACGCUAUUACAGGGCUCCAGAACUUAUAUUUGGUGCUACAGAGUAUACUACUGCAAUUGAUAUGUGGUCUGCUGGUUGUGUCAUGGCCGAGCUUCUUCUGGGACAGCCAUUGUUUCCCGGAGAGAGUGGUGUUGAUCAGCUUGUGGAAAUCAUCAAGAUUCUUGGGACACCAACAAGAGAAGAAAUCAAGUGCAUGAACCCAAAUUAUACAGAAUUCAAGUUUCCUCAAAUCAAAGCUCACCCAUGGCACAAGAUAUUUCACAAGCGAAUGCCCCCAGAAGCUGUGGAUCUGGUGUCAAGGCUGCUUCAGUAUUCACCUAAUCUUCGUUGCACCGCUUUGGAAGCUUGUGCACAUCCCUUCUUUGACGAGUUAAGAGACCCAAAUGUAUGCUUGCCUAACGGCCGAGCUCUACCACCUUUGUUCAAUUUCACAGCUCAAGAACUGUCUGGUGCAUCAACUGAGUUACGGCACCGUCUUAUUCCGGAGCAUGCAAGAAAUUAACAUGAACAUGAGGUGGUCUAUCUGUAUGCGGUUAUAAAACGUGCUUUCUGUUUCUUAUUUGCACACAAGCCAUGCUUGUUUUAGGGCUCAAAUAGCCAAGAUUUACCAACAUUUACCGACAAAAUGGUGGGUUUUAAAGUCUUUCUUGCAAGAUGUUCAAUUUGGGCAAUCUAUAUGCUGAAUUCGCCGGUGGGAUUAUCGUGUGGAUGGAACUGCUCUGCUUGGCUGUGGCGUUGACAAUAUACAUACCUACAAUGUGGCAAUGUUGUACUUUUGACAGUAAAAAUGAGUUAUUGUCAUUUCAUAUGUAGUUUUUGAUGGGCUUUUUUUUUUCCUCAGACUAACUUCAUGGAAUCCGCUUAGAGUAAUUAGGUUGUUCUCAAUGUAUACCGUUAUUUUCUCACAUUCUGUUGAAAGGGAAAUUGAAGAUUCAAGAAACUGACUUCUUGUUAUCCAAUUUUGUUUGUAUGAUUUAGUUAUUUCUACCAAGGUAGAAAGGUUUUUAUGGAGCAACACAUGAGGGUAAUUCAACUGCCCCUUACUCU